CGUCCCUGUAUUUUAGGACGCAUCCGCUAGUGUCGUCCCACCCAGCUUCCGCGUGACACAAUUGUUCAUUUGUUCUUGGCUUCGGUCUUACAGACCGUCACCGGCAGGCGGCAGCCUUGGCGGGUUGGUCUUGUGUCAUUGUUUCCUUGUUGCUGCUGCCAUCAAUGGAGGUGGUGAACAGGUACGUCGCCACCCGGCACCACAUCGAGGGUGCCCCGACGGAGGCCGAUUUUGAGGUGAAGGAGGAGACGGCGAGGUGGGCGCCGGACUCCGGCGAGGUGCUCGUCAGGAACCUGUACCUGUCCAUCGACCCGUACCAGCUCAACCGCAUGAAGCGGAGCAGCGCGUCGCACCUCGCCGUCGACGGCAUCCUGCCCGGCCAGAGGAUCGCGGCGUACGCGGCCGGCGAGGUGGUGGCGUCGGCGUGCGAGGAGUACAAGGUGGGCGACGUGGUGGCCGGCGUGCUCGGGUGGGAGGACUACACGCUGUUCAAGCCGUCCCCGGCCGUGCUCAUGUCCAAGGUCGCCGACGCCGACGCCGCGGGCUUCCCCCUGUCCCACCACAUCAGCGUGCUGGGCACCAGCGGCAUGACCGCUUACGGUGGCCUCUUCGAGGUGGGCAAGCCGGUGAAGGGGGAGAAGGUGUUCGUGUCGGCGGCGUCGGGCUCCGUCGGCAGCCUCGUCGGCCAGUUCGCCAAGCUCGCCGGCUGCUACGUCGUCGGGUGCGCCGGGACUACAGCCAAGGUUGAUCUGCUCAAAGACAAGCUGGGAUUCGACGAUGCUUUCAACUACAAAGAGGAACCUGACCUGAAAUCGGCGCUGAAGAGGUACUUCCCCGAUGGCAUCGACAUCUACUUCGAGAACGUAGGCGGCGAGAUGCUGGAGGCGGCGCUGGCCAACAUGAAUACCUAUGGCCGGGUGGCGCUCAGCGGCGUCAUCUCGGAGUACACGGGUGGUGGGCGGCGCGCGGUGCCGGACCUGCUGGAGGUGAUCUACAAGCGCAUCACCAUCCGGGGCUUCUUCGCCUGGGAUUUCCUGCCCAGGUUCGCGGAGUUCAACGCCGUCAUCGGCGGCUGGGUCCGGGACGGCAAGGUCCAGGUGCUCGAGGACGUCUCCGACGGGCUGGAGAGCGUCCCGUCGGCGUUCGCCGCGCUGUUCCGCGGCCAGAACGUUGGCAAGAAGCUCGUUAAGCUGGCGUAGAAAGAGAACCGUCGUCCG